AUGGGAUCUUUUCGAGCAAUGCAUGUCGGGGUUUCUCGGAAUGCCUCCACCAUCAACAAGGCAGCACGGAAAUUAUCACAGUCUCCUCCAAUGCAACCGUCACCACAUCGGGAAGAUACUGAAAGUCUGGUGAAUGGUUUCAUGACGUAUCUCUCCUCAAAUUCCUCAUCUCCCCUCGUUCUCUUGACCGUUCAUCGAGUGUUCGACUCGCUCUCAAACGAUCAACUCAGCACAGCCUUAAAAGUGAUGGAGAAAGCGAAACGAGCAUAUUUUCAGAGCUUGUGGAUUCGAUGGUCACUGUUCAUUUGUCUGUUUCUGCAGUUCUUCAACAAGAAGAGUGGUCAAAGAGAUGGUGACAAACCAAUCGUCGGCAACAAAUCUGGACCCGCAGAGAAGCUCGAAAUUCCACGUUCUGGAGCUGGCGGCAGCGGAGGACCGAAUCGACUGUUGCCUCCAAAGCAGCAGCAGGAUAUUCUGACUCUCAUGAGGAAAGGUGAUCGACAUGCAAAUGUGCUCUCAGAGCUCCAAUGGAACACAAUUAAGGCAGAUAAAUUCGCCGGAGCCGCCCGACUUGGCAACACAAUUCCCGACCCGACUUGGAAGGAGCUGCCAACAACAUCUGAAGUGAACAUGCGACCGGAAGAACUCCGUAUGGUGGAACGCCAAAGUCAACAUGCAAAGGACAUUGCUGAAUUGGACUGGAAGACGAUUGUGGUAUACACGGCUGAAAAUCAGAAAGCAAAGCAAUACGCAGGAUGGUUCGGAAGGGAUCACCCUCUCAAUUUCGUCGGAAAAGGCGAGCCACGUGAUGAUGCCUCCUUAUUGCGUCUUAGGGCAGUCGAGAAGGUGCUGGGCCAGCUGAAUGGAUGGAAGUAUUACGUUAGCAGGCCUGUGUGUAUCGUGGUCACUGAUGACCGAUUCACGACGUGGGGCAAAGAUAAAGAGCUCCUGAAAGUCCUCCAGAGAGAUUUUCUAGAGAGAGCGGACGCACUCACGGAACUUAUGGCGGGCCUUCAAGGUGAUGUUGUUCAAUUCCAAUCGAUUCAUGAGAAGUGGGAGGUGCCUGGCUGGAAAAAGGCCCACGCCCUGAUCCGAAGUAAAGCCGUUCGACAUCAUCCGGAUUGCCCCAAAGUGAAACCU